GAAUCACAAAUCUUGUGUAACAACAAACAUUCAAAUGCUACUUCGAGAAGGUCUCAAACUUGCCAAUUAUUUUUAUUAUCCAUGUCAUAAACAGCUCAGCAGGAAGACUAACUGACUAACCAAUAUUCUACUUGUAGUUGGCCGUUUAACAUCCCACUAAACCUCUCGAACUUUCGAUCAUUUUGUUCUGUUUCAUGUCAUAAUUUGAUUACCUGCAAAGUUGGAGAGAAGAUUUCAAGGAAAAUGACGAUCACUAGCAUUCCUUCAUCCCCCGUAAUCCAAGAUGGUUGUCUGUUGGUCAACGGUAAAGCUGUUUUCACCCGAGUGCCGAAAAAUGUUGUCAUUUUUCCGGCGCCGUUUGGGUCUGCUUUGGUUGGGGCUACUUCUCCUACGUCUAGUUCCCGUCAUGUCUUCUCCCUUGGCGUACUUGAGAAAUACACAUUUCUAUCACUUUUUAGAUUUAAGAUAUGGUGGAUGAUACCAAGAGUUGGACAUUCUGGAAGUGAAGUACCAGUUGAAACACAAAUGUUGCUGUUGGAAGCUAAAGAAGAAUCUGACCUCUUAGAUAAGGAAACUGAGACGAAUACUGACAGUACUUUCUACAUUUUGGUGUUGCCUGUUUUGGAGGGAGCUUUUCGAGCGAGCUUGCAGGGGACUAAAACAAAUGAGCUCGAAUUUUGUGUUGAAAGUGGAGAUCCUGAUGUUCAGACUAACAAUGUGUCAGAAUCAGUGUUUAUAAAUUCGGGGGAUAACCCUUAUGAGCUAAUGAAGAAUUCAAUUAAGAUCCUGGCUGAACAUAAAGGGACAUUCAGUCACAUAGAAAAUAAGAAGAUGCCUGCUCAUUUAGACUGGUUUGGAUGGUGCACCUGGGAUGCUUUCUAUCAAGACGUCAAUCCAGAAGGAAUCAGAGCGGGUCUUGAAAGUUUUUCAGUAGGAGGUUGUGUUCCAAAGUUCUUGAUUAUUGAUGAUGGAUGGCAAGACACUUAUGAUGAAUUCCGAAAAGAAGGUGAAGAGCGUAUUGAAGGGACCCAAUUUGCUAUACGAUUAAGGGACAUUAAGGAAAAUGAGAAAUUCCAAAGGCUUAGUUCAGAUGACUACACCUCCCUUCCCGAGUUUAUCAAAUUCAUCAAAGAGACAUAUGGAUUGAAAUAUGUUUAUAUGUGGCAUGCUCUUGUUGGAUACUGGGGAGGGCUCCUGCCAUCAUCUGAAUCGCUGAAGAAAUACAAUCCUAAGAUUGUAUAUCCUGUUCAAUCACCGGGUAAUGUAGGAAAUCUUCGAGAUGUUGCAAUGGACAGCAUUGAGAAAUAUGGACUAGGAGUUAUUGAUCCAGAGAAAAUUAGUGAUUUCUACAACGAUUAUCAUAAUUAUCUUGCCAGCAUUGAUGUGGAUGGUGUCAAAGUGGAUAUUCAGAAUGUGGUUGAAACAGUUGGUUCUGGUUAUGGUGGCCGGGUUCAUUUUACUGGUCUUCACCAAAAGGCACUCGAAGAAUCUGUUGCAAGGAACUUUAAGAACAAUAACCUCAUUUCUUGCAUGAGUCACAAUUCAGACUCUAUAUUCAGCUCAAAGAAGAGUGCAGUUGCUAGAGCAUCAGAGGAUUUUAUGCCUCGGGAGCCUACACUUCAGACACUGCAUAUUGCCUCUGUGUCUUUUAACAGUCUCCUUCUAGGAGAAAUAGUGGUUCCUGAUUGGGACAUGUUCCAUAGCAAACAUGACACUGCUGAAUUUCAUGCUGCCUCCCGAGCAGUGGGUGGCUGUGCAGUAUAUGUCAGUGAUAAGCCUGGAAUUCAUGAUUUUAAAAUUCUUAAGAAGCUUGUGUUAUCUGAUGGUUCAAUCCUAAGAGCCAGGUAUGCUGGUCGGCCUACUCGAGACUGCUUAUUCAAAGAUCCUGUUAUGGAUGGAAAAAGUUUAAUGAAGAUCUGGAACCUGAACAAAUUAUCUGGCAUUAUCGGAGUUUUUAACUGCCAAGGAGCAGGGAGUUGGCCAUUGAAAGAUAAUACUCUUGAUACUCCAAUACCAGAAGUUAUUUCAGGCCAAAUCAGUCCCAAUGAUGUCGAAUUCCUUGGAGAGGUUGCUGGUGAUAAUUGGCAAGGAGAUUGUGCAGUUUACGCUUUCAAUUCUGGAACCAUCACCAAAAUUACAAAUAAUGGAAAAGUGGAAAUGUCAUUAGGCGUUCUUACAUGUGAAUUAUAUACAAUCUGUCCUAUUAAGGUAUUUGAUGAAGCUGUUCAUUUUGCUCCUGUCGGAUUGCUUGACAUGUACAACUCUGGUGGAGCUGUGGAUGCUUUGAGUUCGGCUACAGGGCCAGAUGGAUGUAUUGUGAAGAUCAAAGUGCGGGGUUGUGGCCGCUUUGGAGCUUAUUCAAGCACAAAACCAAAGCAUUGUACUGUUGACAAGAAGACGGAAGAUUUUACAUACAGUCCAGAAGAUGGAUUACUGACCAUGACACUGGAAGGGGGAUGCCAACUUAAAGACAUCGAAUUUGUUUAUUAACAUGAGAUGUUUUUAUCCAGGAACUGAUUUGUUCUAGGAUUCUUUGGUUGAUUACUUGAUAUUCUCUAAUCUCUAUAUUGGUUAAAGGGGAAACUGUUCCUAUGCUGUGGAAUUUGUUUGUUUAAAUAACAUAUGAUUAACAUUAUAUGCUGACGAUUUAUAAUGACUGAAUGGCUGAUUAUGAUUUCAUCAGUCUCAAAUAUUGCAUUUUUGCUACCUACAA